AUUUGUGGUUUAUUUUAUUUUAUUUAUUUCGUGGGAAAAAAGAGAAUAAAUAAACAAAUCUUGUUAUUUUCUUUCGAUAAGUAUUUAUUUUUAUAAUUUGUCAUUAAAAGAAUAUGUAAGAUAUAAUUUUUGUUUUAAAAAUUUGAACCAACUAGAUGAAAUCUCAUUUCGUAGGUAAUGAGAAAAUUAAAAAUAUUCAAUUCUUAUUUAUUUUUUGACUGAUGGUCAAAGUUUGGAUAUAAAAAAAAAAGAAUUUGAAUUAUUUAGUAAGCUAUGUCUACUAAUCAACCUUGGACAGGAGAUGCUAUUGAUGUAGCUCUGGCUGCUGAUUUUGAAGGUAGCUUGUCAUGUUUAGGUAUUGAACUUGGAACUGAAAAUUAUGACAUGAGUGCACCACUACAUUCUUUGAUCCAGAGUGUGUCUAAUGGUGAUUAUACUGGAUCUCAUGAAAAUGGGUGUCGUCAUAGUUCUUCUGUACCUGAUCUCAGAACGACUGGCUCGCCAACUGUCUCAGCAGUUUCUGUGUUAAGUCCAAGUAUGUUAAGCCAGAUGUUACAGAUCUCUGAACCUUCACCUCCCUUUAUAAUUAGAGACUUAUCUCCGAACUUAAAAAAUACUGGUUUUCAGUAUGUUUUAGGUGCAGCAACAUCGAUAGCUACAAAAGUAAAUGAAGAAACAAUGACAUACUUAAAUCAAGGACAAUCAUAUGAAAUCAAGUUGAAGAAAUUGGGAGAUCUUACAGAAAUGAGAGGCAAACUUUUGAAGAGUAUUAUUCGUGUGGGUUUCCAAGAAAGAAGACUACAAUAUUCUGAAAAAGAACAAAUUGCUCAAUGGCAGAAACAAAGAGUUGGAGAACGAAUUCUUGAAAUUGAUAUUCCCUUUUCUUAUGGACUGUAUGAUGUAAAACAUGAUCCUAACAAUAUUCAUAUAUGUGAAUUUUUGUGGGAUCCAACUGCAGAGUCUGGUGUUUUUAUUAAGCUAAACUGCAUCAGUACAGAAUUCACUCCCAAGAAACAUGGUGGUGAAAAAGGAGCUCCAUUUAGAAUACAAAUAGAAACGUUUUCUGAUAAUGAAAAUUAUACUCAACGAUUACAUGUUGCAUCCUGCCAAGUCAAAGUUUUUAAGCCAAAAGGAGCUGACAGAAAACAUAAAACAGACAGAGAAAAGAUGAGCAAAAGGCCUCAGUCAGAACAGGAAAAAUACAAAACUUCGUAUGACUGUACUGUAUUUUCAGAAUGUGCAGCUGAUUCAUUAUAUGUUACUGUUUCACCAUCAUCUGUUGUUCCUUCCUCACCUUCUUUGACCUGCUCUAAGCCAAGUUCAAGUUUUUCAUCUAAACUCUCCUCUCCAGAUAUUAAAAUACCUCAUAAUUCAUUCUUACAGAGUUCUAAAUCUGAAAUAUCCAAAAGUGAUUCCAUUGAUCAUUCAGAUCUGUCCAGCCAUUCUGUAGAAAAAUCACCUUCCAGUGACAACUUGGAAAUGUGUCCUGAUAUUUCAGUGAAAAAGGAAAAUGAUCUUUUAGCUCAAUCUGCACAAAUGCUAACCAAACAGGACCCAGAUUUAUUAACUAUUAAUUCAUCUGCAACGGCAACUUCCAAUUGGUUAAAACGAAACAUGUUUUCAGAUUUUGUUGAAACUUUUCAACAUUAUCAAGGAAUAGACAUGCUACGACUGAGUCAAGAUGAUUGUAUAAAAAUUUGUGGUCUUACAGAUGGUCUGAGGUUAUUUAAUACAUUACAAAACAGGCCAAUAAUGCCCAAGAAGGUUAUCUAUGCAAGAUAUCCUAAUGAAAAAGUGUACAGAGCUGUUUAUGUGCAUGAGCUGAGUGUGUCCUACUUAACUGCAAAAUUAUCUGUGUUAUUUGAUAUCCGUCUAAAGAGUAUACAAGAAAUACAAAUACGAACUGGCACAACUGCAAGUUUUUUCGUUACUGAUGAGGUUGUGAUAAAUAUACCACAUCAAACUUUAUUUGUCCUUGACAUUCUCUAUCUCAAUGAUUCUAAAGACAGAUGCAUUCUGUUGCUGAAUCCUGUAAAUGAGUUAUAACAUUUGCUAGUGCAUCUGUGGCUUUGUUAUGUUGGCUCAUACUCUGCAAAUCGAGAAUAUUGUAAUGUUUUGUGUUAAUUUAUAAGAGUAUAAAAUACAAAUACAUUUUAUUGUACAUAAAUUUUAAAUCAUAUCACAUUUAAGACUUUAUGACUUCAUGUGAAUUUUUAUAGUAUCUUUUUUUAUUAUUUCAUGUUCAAAUCUGUUUUGUUGAUAUCAUUUGCUAUUUCUGACGCAUAGAGAUACUAUGUGG